AUGGACUCGUCCGUAUCAAAGCAGCUUGUGGACAAGAUCUAUGAAAAGCGCAAAGCUGCUGCACUUGAUCUCGAGAAGCAGGUCCGGGAAUGCCAUCAACAAGGGGACCACCGUCGAAUCAGUCAGAUUAUCGACCAGUUGGUCGACAUGUUCAGCAAUUCGUCUAACCCGCUCCACAUUCGAAAUGGCGGUCUAAUUGGUCUCGCUGGAACCGCCAUUGCACUCGGUGUUGACGUUGCACCGUACAUGGACAAAUUCAUCGAACCGGUGCUUGCUUGUUUCACAGACCCCGAGAAUAGGAUUCGUUACUUUUCCGCCGAGUGCCUGUACAACAUAGCUAAAGUAUCCAAGGGGGAGGUGCUGGUCUACUUCAAUCCUAUUUUCGACGCCCUUAGCAAGCUCGCUGCAGACUCAGAGAUGUCUGUUAAAAACGGCGCGGAACUCCUGGACCGUCUGUUAAAAGAUAUCGUUGCGGAAACUGCUUCCAUUUACGUUCCACAGUAUGCUGAAACAGAGCAAGUCCGAGACCGGUCUGAUCCACUGGACCGAAGCAUACUAGUGCCAUUCCCCCCCGACCACCCCGCAGCACUUACUCCGAAGAAAGCGUUUUCACUCUCCCGUUUUAUUCCUUUGCUCAAAGAACGAGUUCAUGUUGUCAGCCCAUUCACGCGAAGCUACCUUGUUUCUUGGAUUACAGUGCUAGACUCGGUUCCUGAGUUGGAGCUGAUUUCGUAUCUGCCCGAGUUUCUGGACGGUCUUUUGAAGUAUUUAUCAGACCCAACAGAGGAUGUGCGAGUAGCAACAGAAAACCUUCUCGCUGACUUCCUUCGCGAGAUCCGUGACGUCAGCGAGCUUCGGCGCCGCCACGAGGAACGCGCUGGAACAGGGGAUAGUCACGGAGCGGACGGGAGCCAGCCCAGUUCGGAGCGUGCCGUGAUAACCCCCGAGAGCGGCUUUAUGUCAGAUCAGGAAUACAGCGAGCACAUGGCUGACGAAGGAGACAAUCGGCACACAGGAGCUUGGGUUCCCGGUCAAGGGGUUCGGAUAGACUAUGAUGCUAUCAUUGAAAUCUUCAUUCAGCAAUUAGAUGGACAGCACGACGAAAUUCAGCAAUCUACAUCCCUUCACUGGUUGGCAGAGUUCCUAGGUUUCGCACAAGACGUUAUGGUUCCUUUCACUCCGCGCUUCAUUCCCGCGAUUUUACCGAAUCUGGCACAUCACGUUCCCAUGAUCCAGUCAGCUGCUACAAGGACCAACAGAUUGCUAUUCAAAGUGAUUCAAGACUUGCCAACGCCAGUUGACCUCCCUUCGCAGCAAUCCACAGCCGACAAGGUGUCCACGUCGGGUCGAGCGUUCCCUGCCUCCCCAACACCACCAGCCACCACUCUACCCUUGCGACAAGGUACUGUUGCAGCUGCACCAGUCGGCGAAGUAAAUGUACCCGAAGUCAUGCCUGAUGGUCAACUGCCACUGCCUCCAUCCCAAAGACCGCGAACGAGUACCUCCCAGCAACCUGCAGGGGAAGUGCCUAGUCGACCCCAAUCUCGUAUGUCCUCGAAUAGCUUGGUAGCAGCGCCCUCUGCGGCAGCCGCAGCGCCACCGUCGCCCGUGCUUGAAGAAGACAGUAGCGGCGAUUUGUUUGAUUACCAAGCCACUGUAAAUGAACUGACGAUACAAUUUCUGAGUGAGCACGAACAAACCAGGGUGGCCGCGCUAAGGUGGCUUAUUAUGCUACAUCAGAAGGCACCCAAGAAGAUUCUGGCCAUGGACGAUGGCACCUUUCCAGCGCUUCUCAAGACUUUGUCGGAUCCUUCAGAAGAAGUAAUCAAGCAUGAUCUACAGCUACUCGCGCAGAUAUCGUCUAGCUCAGAGGAGAGCUAUUUCAAGGUCUUCAUGAUGAACCUCCUUGAAUUAUUCAGUACAGAUCGUAAACUACUGGAAGCACGCGGGAGUCUGAUUAUCCGGCAACUGUGCUUGAACCUGAACACGGAACGGAUAUAUAGGACGUUUGCAGAGAUAUUGGAGAAGGAGGAGGACCUGGAGUUUGCGAGCGAUAUUGUACAAAAGCUGAAUACAAUUUUGAUCACUUCUCCCGAGCUUGCCGAGUUCAGGAGAAGACUGAAAAGCUUGGACACGCGGCAAGAUGGACAAGCGUUAUUUGUGACGCUAUACCGCUCGUGGUGCCAUAACGCUGUCUCGGUUUUCUCAUUGUGUCUCCUGGCGCAAGCGUACGAACACGCCUCAAAUCUCCUCUCCAUAUUCGCGGAUCUAGAGAUCACGGUUGCAAUGCUGGUGCAGAUUGACAAACUUGUUCAAUUGAUUCGAAUCCCCUUAAUCUUGAAUUUUCAAGACCUACGGCUACAACUCCUCGAGCCUGAACGAUAUCCCUACCUCUUCAAGUGCCUGUACGGGCUUUUAAUGCUCCUCCCCCAGAGUACCGCCUUUGUGUCACUCCGAAAUCGGCUUAAUGCGGUCAAUUCUGCUGGUUUCCUUCAUAUAGCUCCUAAAUCAACCGUCAAUCCGCUUGCCGCUCGAUCCAAGCUCGGGCGGGAUGAGAUUAAAUGGCAAGAACUACUCGGCCACUUCCGUGCUGUACAAUCCAGACAUGAAAAGGCGCGUCGACAAGCCCUUGGUACAGACGUGUCAGCUUUCGGUGGCCCCGGGUUUAGCGACAACAGAUCAUCGGAACCCGCACGCUCAGGAUUAGGAAUUGGUAAUCCGGACCCAACCCGCCCACCUAUGCGGCGACGCGUCACCGGAGAUGUUAUGCCGCCUGGUCCUCCGCGGCCUGCGCUGUCACCACUUAACCCGCGAGCAAAACAGAACGGGUUGCUGAGCUCGGCAUUGAUGGGGCAAGCAAUGCCACCGACGUCGUCCCCAGCAAACGCAAUAAGUGGCGCUCUAUCGCUGCAGCAGAGGCAGCGACGGACGCUAGGUCUUGGGCCUCGGAAGUGAAGCACGUCUUGGCAUGUCCGGUACUUGCGAAGUAGGCUCCUGUUACGUUUCGAGAGGCAGUUAACCUUCACGACACUCAUGAUUGGAUCGUCGAUACCGAUACGUUUGCACUGAUAUCUCUACUAUGUAUCCUGAUGGAUAGGGCAUCAGUGUAACCUGAGCGCUGCCGUAACACUGUCUUCGAUGUGAAACCCAUCAGGAUCGCCCAGGUCAACGAGUAUGCCUCCAGGUCCAGAGUUUAAAGCAUAAACAGCCUCAUGCUACGCGUUGCCUUGCAUUUCGUACGCGCGCUAAUAGAAGCACACUUGAAUUCCCA